AUGGCCUCCAGAUUGCUUCGACUGGCACAGGUCCAGUCCCGCUGCAUGGGUCCGCAGUCACCCCGGCUCGUUGCUUUAUGCGCCCGCAGCACAGCCCCGCAGGACACCCUCUUAAUCCACCGACGACACUCUGCUGCUGCCCUUCGCAAGUCCAUCUUCGACCCAUUCCAUCUGCUGGCCGCGGAACUCCGCCAAGUCAAGGAAAACGUGCAAGCUCUUGUGGACUCGGCUGAUCCGGACCUCGCCUCGAUCGCCAAAUACUACUUCGCCUCGGCGCGUCAGGGGAAACAUCUCCGCCCGCUUCUCAUCCUCUUGAUCUCCCAAGCCACCGCCAGCCCACCACCAAGCGAUUACCAGCCCCCUCAAUUCAACCAACCCAUCUCUCGCCCUGACAUCCUCGACGAUGACAAUCCCACCCAUCCGACCUCAUCUGAGCCGGUCGACCAACACACCCUUAUCCUACCUGCCCAGCGCAGACUGGCGGAGAUAACCGAGCUGCUCCAUGUGGCGUCUCUUUUGCACGACGACGUAAUUGAUGAAGCUGAGACGCGACGGGGACAGCCCUCUGCGCCACUGAAAUUUGGCAAGAAAAAGGCCGUCCUGGCAGGCGAUUUCCUGCUCGGCCGGGCCUCAAUAGCCGCUGCUCGACUCAGAAACUAUGAAGUGAACGCAUUGGUCGCAAGCACUCACACCGACAUCAUCCAAGGCGAACUCGUCCAGCUUGCUGCUGUCCUCAAUCACCCCUCCGAAUCCCUUUCCCCUUCACCCCCACCAUCAUCAGCCCUCAAAUCUAACAGCUUUCCAACCGCUUCUCGCUUCGAUCAUCGUCUGUUCGACUUUUACCAGCGCAGAAACUACCUCAAGGCCGCCGCCUAUAUCGCUAAAUUCUGCCAAGCUGCUGUCAUUUUGUCGCCCUCAGCAAGUCAGGAGCCAGCCCUAGUUAAAGCAAGUUUUGAAUUCGGAAAACAUUUGGGUCUGGCUUUCCAAGUCGUCGAUGAUGCAUUAAAUUGCACGAGCUCUGCAGAAUCGUUUGGCAAGGCCGGCGACUUCUCUGAUCUUAAGACUGGAGUCAUCACUGCUCCCGGUCUGUUUGCCUGGAAAAAAUUCGACUCGGAGUUCGGAGAACUGUUCGACAGAAAAUUUUCCUGCGAUGGAGACCUUGAUCUAGCUAAAAAGAUGAUUGAAGAGUCUGAUGCAAUCAACCAAUCGUAUCAAUUAGCCAGCCAUCACAUUGAUAUCAGUAGAUCACAAUUGUCCCAUUUCAAGGACUCGCCAGCCAAGCAAGGGUUGAAUGAAAUAUGCAACAUAGUGCUUACAAGGAGUUAUUGA